GGUCUGGAAGAUUCCUUGUAUGGUUUGAGGAAACUGAGGCUGUUAUCCAAGGACAAGAGGGUCACCAGGACCAUGAACGGACACUGCUUUCUCCAAGGACUUGUUUUUCUCCUCUUCGGUGUUCUAUCGAGUGCUCAAGGCAGUAAACAGCUCCGCCUGCUGGACGGGGGUGGUCGCUGCGCCGGGAGAGUGGAGAUCCUUUACCAGGGCUCCUGGGGCACCAUCUGUGAUGAUGACUGGGACCUGGACGAUGCUCACGUGGUGUGCAGGCAGCUGGGCUGUGGAGAUGCCCUCAACGCCUUGGAAUCUGCUUACUUCGGGGCGGGAUCAGGGCCCAUCUGGCUGGACAAUGUGAAAUGCAAAGGACAGGAGUCCCACGUGUGGGGGUGCCCUUCCCAGGGCUGGGGGCGGCACAACUGCAGGCAUGUCGAGGAUGCAGGAGUCAUCUGCUCAGGAUUUUUGCAUCUGACUGGAGGUGGUGGACCCUGCGCAGGACGAGUAGAAGUGCAUUCUGGAGAAGACUGGAUUCCAGUGUCUGAUGGGAACUUUACCCUCCCCACUGCCCAGGUCAUCUGUGCAGAGCUGGGAUGCGGCAAGGCUGUGUCUGUCCAGGAACAUGUGCCCUUCAGAGAGUCAGAGGGCCGGGUCUGGGCUGAAAAGUUCAGGUGUGAGGGGGAGGAGCCUGAGCUCUUGUCAUGCCCCAGAGUGCCCUGUCCAGGAGGCAUUUGUCACCACAGUGGAGCUGUUCAUGUUGUCUGUUCAGCAUACACAGAAAUCCGGCUCAUGAGAAAUGGCACCUCUCAGUGUGAGGGGCAAGUGGAGAUAAAUAUUACUGGACAAUGGAGAGCACUCUGUGCCUCCCACUGGAGUAUGGCCAAUGCCAAUGUUGUCUGUCAUCAGCUCAGCUGUGGAGUUGCCAUUUCUACCCCAAAAGGAGCAGAAGGAGGUGAUCAGAUCUGGAAAGCCCAGUUUCACUGUUCGGGGGCUGAGUCCUUCUUGUGGAGUUGCCCUGUGACUGCCCUGGGUGUUCCUGACUGUACCCAGGGAAACACAGCCUCUGUGAUCUGCUCAGGAAACCAGACCCAAAUGCUGCCCCAGUGCAACAACUCUGUGUCUGAACCAGCAGGCUCCGCAGCCUCAGAGGAGAGCGCCGCCAACUGCUCAGACAGCAGACAGCUCCGCCUGGUGGACGGGGGCAGUCACUGCGCCGGGAGAGUGGAGAUCCUUCACCAGGGCUCCUGGGGCACCAUCUGUGAUGACAGCUGGGACCUGGACGAUGCCCACGUGGUGUGCAGGCAGCUGGGCUGUGGAGAAGCCCUCAAUGCCACGGGGUCUGCUCACUUUGGGGAGGGAUCAGGGCCCAUCUGGCUGGACGACCUGAAGUGCACCGGAAAUGAGUCCCACGUGUGGAGGUGCCCUUCCCGGGGCUGGGGGCGGCACGACUGCAGACACAAGGAAGAUGCAGGGGUCAUCUGCUCAGAGUUCCUGGCCCUCAGGAUGGUGAGCGAGGACCAGGAGUGUGCUGGGUGGCUGGAAGUUUUCUACAACGGGACCUGGGGCAGUGUCUGCCGCAGCCCCAUGGAAGACAUCACCGUGUCUAUCAUCUGCAGACAGCUUGGCUGUGGGGACAGUGGAACCCUCAACUCUUCUGUUGCUUUUAGGGAAGGUUCUAGACCCCGGUGGGUAGAUUUAAUCCAGUGCCGGAAAACUGAUACCUCUCUCUGGCAGUGUCCUUCUGACCCUUGGAAAUACAGUUCAUGUUCUUCAAAGGAGGAAGCCUAUAUCUCCUGUGCAGGAAGGCGACCCAAGAGCUGUCCAACUGCUGCCCCCUGCACAGACAGAGACAAGAUCCGACUCAGGGGAGGAGACAGCGUGUGCUCAGGGCGGGUGGAGGUCUGGCACAGCAGCUCCUGGGGCACAGUGUGUGAUGACUCCUGGAGCCUGGCAGAGGCCGAGGUGGUGUGUCAGCAGCUGGGCUGUGGCCAUGCGCUGGAAGCCAUGCGGGAUGCAGCGUUUGGCCCUGGAAAUGGGAGCAUCUGGCUGGACGAGGUGCAGUGCGGGGGCUGGGAAUCCUCCCUGUGGGACUGUGCUGCGGAGCCCUGGGGGCAGAGCGACUGCAAGCAUGAGGAGGAUGCUGGUGUGAGGUGCUCUGGUGAGAGGACAAAAGUUCCCCACACCCGUGGAAGCACCACUUCAGGCUCAGCUCCCAACCCUGGCAUCUUCUCCCUUCCUGGGAUCCUCUGUAUCAUUCUGGGGGCCCUUCUCUUCCUGGUCCUCAUCAUCCUGGGGAUUCAGCUACACAGAUGGAGAGCAGAUCACCAAGCCUUAUCUGCUUUUGAAGAUGCUGUUGAUGAAGCCUUAUACCAGGAGAUCGAUGACUUCAUAAAACCAAAGAAGGAAGACCUAUUGGACAGCCCAAGUAACCUUUCUGAUGACUCAGCAACAAAGCUGCCGUAUUACACAGGGGACAAUGAGGAGAAUGGAGACCCUGACUCUGCCCCAGAGCCUCCAGGACAGCAUAUCAACACUGCGGGAAAUGGUUAUGAUGAUGUUGAUGAGUUACCUAUUCCUGUAAAUCCUUUCUUCCCUGGGAUGAGUGAGCAUUAUUUUUCCCCAGAGGAUGGAGGUGAUGCCAGGUAUUCCCAGACAGGCAUCUCUCUGAAGUCUCUGAGAGAAGCUGUCAACUAUAGCAUGGAAGAGAAAGAGUCUUCAUUGGUGCUGAGACAAGAAGAGCCUGGGUAUGAUGAUGUUGAGCUUAACACCAUGUAG